CCAAGGUCACUCAGCUCGGACAUGCUGCUUCUCGAAGCGAGAUCUGCCCGACCCCGACCUCCAGCCACCGUCGGGGUCAGACGUGGGCACAACGGGAGCCGGGAGGCCGCCGUCCCCACCUUCACAGGAUCCCUGCUGGUCACACGGGGAGCAGCCGAGAUGCGCUGCGGUGGAGGACGGACAGACGGACUGCGGUCCGUCCAGACCACGGAAUGUCACUCAGCGAGAAAGAGAAACGAGCCUAACGCCACGGGAAGACGCGGAGGAGCCUUCAACGCACGUGAGGAAGCGAAGGGAGCCGGUCGGAGGAGGUUAGACAUGCGCGAUUCCAACCACAAGGCCCUCUGGAAACGGAGACACCCGUGGGCCCAGGCGUUGAGGGGGACGAACACCGGGGCCGGCGAGGACGCGGAGAAGGCGAAGCCUGUGCCCGGCUGGUGGGAACGUGCGCUGGGGCGGGCGACGUGGAAAACAGGGUGGGAGAUUCCUCAAAACGUUAAAGAUGGGAAUACCAUACCGUCUGGCAGGCCCACUUCUGGGUAUUUAUCCAGAGAGACAGAAUUCGGACAGACGCGUGCGCCCCGUGUCCACUGCAGCGCUACUCACGACAGCAAGACGUGCAAACAGCCCAAGUGCCCAUCGAGGGGGAUUUGA